CUGAUUAUAGCGACAAGCAUCAACUGCGUCAACUGCAGAGCAGCACAGCACAACACGGCACGACACGGCACGGCAUCAGAGCACGCGACACACAUUUGUCUCUCCUCAGAAGUGGAAACACCGCUGUGGAAUAACUCAUCAUGGGAAACGUGCAGCCCACCAUCGUCCCAUACGAGGACUUCGACGCCACAGCUGAUAUCAAGGCUCUCAGAAAAGCCUGCAAAGGUUUAGGCACAGACGAGGAGGCCAUUAUACAAAUUCUGGCUAAUCGCUCUGCAGCUCAGCGCGUAGAGAUCAAACAGGCCUACUUUGAAAAGUAUGAUGAUGAGUUGGAGGAGGUGCUGAAGAAGGAGCUGACGGGGAGUUUCGAGAACGCCAUCAUCGCCAUGCUGGACCCUCCUCACAUUUAUUUCGCCAAGGAGCUGAGGAAGGCCAUGAAGGGGGCGGGGACAGAUGAAGCUGUGCUGGUGGAGAUCCUGUGCACAUCCAAUAAUGAGGACAUAAAUUGCUUCAAGGAUUCAUAUGCUCAUGUGCAUGAGCGAGACCUGGAGGCAGACAUUGAGGAUGAUACCAGUGGAGAUGUGAGGAACCUGUUGACCUCACUGCUGCAGGCAAGCAGAGAUGACGGUUAUGAGGUGGACGAGGAUUUAGCCGAACAGGAUGCCACGUCUUUGUUUGAGGCAGGAGAGGGAAGGUUUGGCACAGAUGAGUCCACCUUUACCUACAUCCUGACACAUAGGAACUACAUGCAACUUCAGGCCACCUUUAAGGUCUAUGAGUCUCUUUCGGGGACAGACAUUUUGGACACCAUUGAUGCUGAGGCCACGGGAACCCUGAGGGACUGCUACAUUACUCUGGUUAGAUGUGCCAAGAACCCACAGCUGUACUUUGCUCGACGCCUUAACGCUGCCAUGAAGGGACUGGGCACCGACGAGGACACCCUCAUUCGCAUUAUUGUUGGCCGCUCUGAGCUUGACCUGGAGACAGUUAAGGACAUGUACAUGGAGAAGUAUGAUGUCACCCUGAAGGAUGCCCUAGAUUCAGAGUGCGGUGGAGACUUCAAACGCCUCCUCAUGGAGAUCCUGCACUAAACCCUCCUCACUCUUCCUCCUGCUGGCCUUAUUUAACCUUAGUGUCUACUCCUCGUUCCUUCCGUAUUCAUAUUUACUAAACCUCUUCUCCAUCA